AAUACCUCAUCAUGGAUGACUGGGACGAGUUUGACGACUUUAUUCCGGCCGCACCAUCGUCCCAAAACGUCACUAAAAGUAACAAGCAGGAAAACGUCAGUUCAAGACCGACUUCUUCAUCUUCGAGACCAACAUCGUCUUCAAGCAGUACUGCGAAGGGGAAAAGGCGGACGGAUGGAGGUACCGACAACCGACCGAAGUCGUCUCCCAAGGAGAAGGACUCCAGUGAGGACUGGGCUGACGAUGAAACCUCCUGGAACGGCAAAACGACGGCAAAAUCUCCCUCGCCCCGACCCAGCUCUUCCUCUACCAAGAGUAAAAGUGCAGGCAACAGGCCAAAGACUUCAGCAGAGGUGAAAGAUCCCAGUGCGGAUUGGGGAGAUGACGAGGCCGACGUUAGGCCCAGGAGCAGCGGGAACAGCGCGCCCGAACGGACGGCGAAGUCCCCGAAACCCUCUCCGGCAAAAGCGCAGGAAAACGGCUGGCUGGACGACACCCUGUCCCAGUCCACGGUGGACAUUCUUAAGGAAGCGGACAUGUGGCUCGCUGACGACCCACCGCCGCCGUCGAGAUCGGGCUCAGCCGCGGACAAGAAGGGACCGGGAGGGAGUGGUGGAUCGUCUGUGGCCGGAUCUAGGGCUGAGCUGAAAUCACGACAGAGCAGCAGGGCAGGGUCCCGCCCAUCGUCUCGGUCCCGUAGCCGGACCAGCCUGCGGCCAGACUCCGCCCGAUCUCGGGCCCUCUCCCCCCGGCCCAACCGCAUCGCUCCCGCCGAAGUCCACGUCGUCGACGAACGCCCCGACCUCGCCCGGAGGUCGCCCUCCUCGAGUCCCCGGGACGCCCAACCGUACCGCCCAGGUAGCCAGGACGGCCGGUCAUCCUCGCGUUCUAGUCGGAGGCCAAGCGACGCUACAGCAACCUCAAACCCCGGCAAGAAAGGACUGAUGGAGAGGGUUGUAGACACCCUGGGCGGGAAGACCUCUGUGCUGUCCAUGCGCGCGGCGGCGCCUGGAGAGAGCGUGUCCAACCCGCGCACGCCGAGCAAAAACAGCGGUAGGAGACCCAGUACCGGGAUGUCUGGGAUGUCGGCGGUCUCAUCCAGCAGUGGCUGCUCCAGCGCUUCUCAGCGGUCAGAACAGGCAGAGGUUCACUUUGAGGCGCCCCUGGAGAAGCGGUUUGAGUGCCCGGUGUGUCGGCAGGUUCUGCGGUUUCCGGUAGAGUUCCAGGAGUGCGGACAUCACGUCUGCUCGCAAUGCAUCCCGGAACUGGUCAGGACAUCCGGUGCCUGUCCUAUCGACAACAAAACCAUUUCCAGGGACCAGGCUUACCCCAACAAGAGCCUACAGCUUGAGAUCGCGGCGCUGGCGGUGCGCUGUCCGCAUGCAGUUCGCGGUUGUACCUGGAGGGGGCGCUACGACGAACAUCAGAGCCAUGACGAGUCGUGUGACCACGCCACGGAGCCCUGUCCGAACGGGUGCGGGGCGGAGGUACAGAAGCGCUUCCUGCAGUCCCACGUCAGUAACGACUGCCCCAAGCGGGGGACAGCCUGCGACUUCUGCGGGCAGAACGUGCAGCAGGAGGACGAGAUAGAACACCUCAAGGUGUGUCCCAAGUUCCCCAUGUCCUGUCCGAAUGGCUGUGACGCCAAGGAGCUGCCGAGAGAGGAGCUCGUGUACCACUCGGCCAGGGAGUGCCCCAAAGCGGUCAUCGACUGCCCUUUCGCCGGUGUUGGCUGCGCAUUCGAGGCGAAGAGGGAGCACAUGCCGGUGCACCAAGAAGCACGUUUCACCGAUCACCUGGAGCUGACGGUGGGCAUGGUCAUGGCGAACGACCGCCGACUCGCCAGCCAGCACGGGAUGCUCGUAGAUAGCUCACUCACACUCGAGGCUAUGCAGGGUAACGUCGGGAGCAUGGACAAAGUGAACGGCUGCCAGCUCCUGUGGAAGAUCACCAGCUAUAACGAGAAGUUUGCCGACGCCAAGGCGGGCAGGAGGGUGUCGUUAUACAGCCCCAUGUUCCUCACCAGCAGAUACGGAUACAAGAUGGCGAUUUCCAUCUGCCCCAACGGAGACGGGCAAGGAAAAGGGAAGUACAUGUCGAUGUUCAUGUGCAUCAUCAGAGGAGAGUUUGACGCGCUGCUCCCCUGGCCGUUCGCCCAGAAGGUGACAAUCACCGUGAUCGACCAGUGUCAGGACCCGGCCGCCAGGAAGAACAUCCUGUACGUCAUGAAGCCCAACACCUGCAAGGACAACAUCCAGUUCCUGGGCCGGCCCACGCACGAGAGGAACCCGAGUUUCGGCACACAGAUGUUCUGUCCGCUCUCCCAGCUGCACCGGGGGGACUACAUCAGGGACAACACCAUGUUCAUCAGUGUCCAGGUCGACAACACCAACAUGCCCUCUAUUCCGUAGGAACGGUCGGUGGGGAGGGGGGCAUGUGGGUAAUC